AUGCUUGUUGACUGUGGAGAGAGUGUUGCAUCUCUAAGAAACGAUCAUAAAAUUACGAAAGACAAACUAGAACGUCUUAGUAAAAAGCAAGCCACUGACACCUACACGAGAUGGGGACGGUCUUCUUGUCCGCCUGGAGCAACGACUGUUUACGGCGGAUUUACUGCCGGGUCGCAUUACUGGCAAACUGGUGCAGCUGCUAAUCCCAUUUGCUUAUCUAAAAAGCCAAAAUAUCACUAUCUCUCAAAAAAACCGAAAUUUAUGGCAUUGAUAUAUGGUGCCGAAUAUCAAACUACAGAUAGUAUUUGGGACAAAUUGAUGAACCAUGACAUCCCAUGUGCUGUUUGUCAUGUUCCUCGUACGAGCGUCAUCAUGAUUCCUGGACAAGAUAAUUGCCCAGACAACUUCAAGUUAGAAUACGAGGGUUACUUGAUGGCUGGUCAUCAUAUCCACCGUACAGGAUCAGAAUUCAUAUGCUUCGACAGAAAUUCAACUGCAGACGAGUAUUCAAGCCCAGUGAAUCACAAUGGGGCUGUGUUUUACUUUGUUGAGGCGGCAUGUGGUUCAUUGAAGUGUCGGCCCUAUGAAUCAGGACAACAGAUCACGUGCGCUGUGUGCUCUUAUUCUACUUAG